UUUUUUUAAAAUGCUUUUCAAGUUUUAAAAAUGAAAUAUGUUAUUAUUUAUUUGAUGUAAAAUAUAAUAGGUAUUAUUAUAUACAUACAUGGACACAAAUAAUUUAUUAUUAAGUAACAACGUAACUAUAGGCGUUCCAACUUAUGUGACAUGGGCAGACGCAGACCGGACUGGUGGUUGGAACAACAACAUCAACAGCAGCAACGGGACUUGCUGGAGGACGGUUGUCCGAGGAACGCAGCCAACGCGAGGGAGAGGGCUCGGAUGCGUGUGCUGAGCAAGGCGUUCGGCCGACUCAAGACGACACUGCCAUGGGUGCCGGCCGACACCAAACUGUCUAAGUUGGACACGUUGAGGUUGGCCACUACAUACAUAGCACACCUCAGCUCGUUGUUAACGACUACCGAGCGGUCGGACAGCAUCGCGGACCAGGGAGAGACCGCGACUCAGGUUGCGGUCACGUCCACGCAACCAAUAAACUACGCCAUGACUUGGCCGUACAACGCACACAGCACCGCUAAAGAAUGUUCAUCACCCGACGAUGAUGACUGUAGAUACAACUGUUAUAGUAGUUACAAUAAUUCACUAGAAGGAAAAUCUUAUUCAACUUACGACACUUACUACAAGCCAUCGAUCAAUUCGUGAAUAUCCGUCAUUCAUGUAUAUUUUAUUCAAUAUAGACCUAGGUGCUUCAAAAAAAAAAAAAAAAUAUCAUUAUUAACUUAA